AUGUCUGGCUGCGCCACAUUAACACUACCACACACAGGACACAAACGUAACGAAGAAGGCCCAGAGCCCACCCCGGUAGGACGAAUUAUAAUGACCAUAUCUGCUCGAAAGGACAGGCCGGAGGAUGUACCCACUCAGUUGGAGACUGAUAAGGAAUUAUGGGCUACGGUGGCUCCUGGGUCUAGUGUAACCAUCAUCCCCUCCGCGGCACCUCAGCAACCGAGGACCAAGAGCAUGCUAGUGACAAAAAAUGAAGAGAGCACUUGGGAGGGUUGCCCGAGUGUGCUUAAGACACUAGUGGCACCAGUGCUAGGAGGAAGCGUGGGCUGA